AUGCGCUGGGUCAUAUGGAGUCCUCCUGACGACUGUGAAAAAGCACAAACUGAAGUGAUUCAGCCAUGUAACAAGAUCAUCUGGCCUAUCCAAGAUCAUCCUCCAAAGGACACUUCUAUUAUGGCACCCAGUGAUCUGCACAUUGCUAAGCAUGACUUUGGAGUUAUUCUAUCCUGGAACAGUAACAUUACAGAAGAAAUGAAGACAUAUUAUGUGAAGUAUGUCUUGAUGUAUAAGUUCGAUACAGCUCAGGAAAAAAUAGAAAGACUUCAAGAAAAGGAAAAGAUGAUAAGACUUGGGUUACACUCUGGUUUCCAUGCUAAAGUUAAAACCCAGCUUCUUUCAAAAGAAACAGAAGACCUUAUAAAGGAGAGUAACUGGACUGAAUUUACUUACAAGGCACCUCCAGUAUAUAUCCAAAAUUUCUCAUGCAUCAUAUAUAACAUUUCCAAUUUAAAUUGUACCUGGGACAUUAAAACAGAAGCUCCUGAGGAUGCUCAGUAUUUUCUUUCCUACAGGCACAGUAGAGAAGAGUUCCAAUGCCAACUAUAUUUAACAAAUGCAAAGAACAAAAACAUUGGAUGUCACAUGAAAGAAGUAUAUUUUAAUCACGCUAAUACUAAUAAAAUCAGAUUUAAUAUAACUGUAAAGGAACUAAGCAACAGUUCAGAAAACCAUUCCUAUUACAAAAAAUUUACACCUCAAAGACUAGAGAAACUGAACCCUCCAAUCAAUGUGUCUAUAUCACUUGAAAAGAGAAGCAUUAAAAUUAACUGGAAACCACCACCUACUAUUGGUUCAGCAAAAAAAAAUUGCUUUACAUACCAAGUGAAAAUUACAGAUCUAGAG